AUGGCUCUGAGUCCAACAGCUAGUCUGGUCCUCUGUGAAGACUCAAACAUGACACCCAGGCUCAACUCGACUGAGACCCCAAGUUUAGACUCUGCUGCCAUCUCUGGCCCCAACCCAGACAUGACCCUUGUUCCUCUCUUGAAUCCACCCCCGAGUCCUGGCUCGGCUACCAUGCUAGAUCUUAGCCCUGUCUCAGAGGAGGCCCCUGACCUGGUAUCUGAUAACACCCCCAGACCUACUGAGAGCAGUUCUGUGGCUCCAGCCUCCCUCCAGAAUGCCAUUUCCCACUGUGAUGAAGCCGUAGACCUGGAUCUGAAUCACAGCUCGAGGCCUAGCUCAGAGGUGGCCCUAGGUCCAGCCUCAAGUUUUGUUCUCUGCCUUGAUUCUACAGAAGCCCCUGAUUUGAGCUUGAAGGUCUGCUCUGAGGAGCCCGUAAAUUCCCUCUCAAACAAAAAUUUUGAAUUGGGCCAGAGCAACUCCAAUCCUUCCAGGUCCGAACUGAACCCAUUUACGAGGCCCCACUCAAGAGAAACCUUGCUUCUGGGUCACUGCAUCUCCAAGCCAAGCUCCAAAAUGUUCCUGGUUCCAAGUUCAAACUCUUCUCUGGAUCCUGACUCCAAUCAGCUGCUCAGUCUGGGUUCUAGAAACACCUCCAAGGUAGACUUGAAGGCAGCUCCUGGCUCUUGUGGGACCCUAAUCCCAGACAUGAAGGAGACCAUUACUUUGGUUUCACACAACAUCUCUGGGUCUGUUUCUAAAGGCACCUUUGGUACAACCUGGAACACUAAUUCUCAGGAAACCAUCGUGGCUUCAAAUGGCAAUCCCAAGUCUGACUUGAACAUGACUGUCACUCAGACCUCAUGCUUGACCCUGAUUCCCGCUUCCAACGAUGCUGUCAGCUUGCACUCCAGCGCCCACAGACACAACUCCACCAUCUCUCCACCCUCUUGCAUGACGCUGGUCCUAGGCUCCAAGGAGACUCUGAGCAUGGGAUCCAGCCUUAUCUUCAGUGACACCUCCACCUUGACAUUCAGCAGCCAGCAGGAUUGUUCUGAGGAUGACAACAUUGGGCUCCUGGAGGAGAAUCUGGGGUCCUGGAACCAGAGGGCUGGCACCGAGGUAGGCCAGUUCCCGCUGGGAUUUCCUGCCUGCGAUGUCUUGGACAAGGACACCACAGCCUUCCAAAGUGUCCCAGAGGGGGUUUUCAAAGAAGUAGCCACGUGCCUGGUGCAGGUGCCAGGGAACAGUGAGGAUGGCAACAAAAUGGCUCUGGUUGAGGAUACUGUCACCCUCCAGAAGAAUCAGGAAUUGCUGGAUGUGGAAGGAAAGAAGACCAUGAUCAAGAAUAUGAUGAGGCAGAUCCAGGAGGAGCCACUGGAUUCCCUCUCGAGCUCCACGCGUCAGCAGGCCAUGGAGACCCUGACUGAGCUGAGCCACGCGCAGCCUGCCCUGGGUGUGCGGGAACGGUCAGAGCUGGUGAACACGUGUGUGAGGAGUGUGUUCUCCCUGCCCUCUGUGCAGGCCAUGCAGGAGCGAGACAUGGACAAGGCUGAGGCCAUUCAGACACUCUACUGUCAGACGCUGGGAGCCUUGCACACGUUGCUCAACGCCCUCUUUGUUGAGGACCCCACUCCUGCUGGGUUGAAGAGCAUCUUGGAGCCCCUGGGGCCCUGGAUGAACUCUGGGAAGGCCCAUGAGCGCAGACGAGCUGUGAACAGCAAUGUCUCUGUGUUGAACCACACCCUUCUCACCCUGCCUUUUUUUAUGUCCUCUGGGUUCCCGACACUGGGACUUCUCCUGGGGAGGCUCAUCCUUCGUGUUGGAGAUCCUGAUGAGGAGAUUGGCCGGGAGGCUCUGGAUGGCAUCAUCAUCCUCUAUACCAUCCUAGAGCUCCAAAAACGAGUCAGAGAUAAGGAAGAGACCAACAAGAAGGAGCUGUAUGAGAGCAACAAACGCUUCCUGGGACCCUACAAUCCCAUCAACCCUUGCCAGAACAUUCUACGUGUGAUCGCGGAAUUCGGAGACUUCCUGGGGCCCCAGCAGGUAAAGGACCUGCUGCUAGCAGCCCUGGAAGGGCUGAAAGGUGGCUCAGAGGCUCGAGGGAAGGACUCGGGGGAGAUGAUGCAGCUGGCCUCGGAGGUCACGCUCAGCUCGGUGCUGGAGUGGUACCGCCACAGGGCAGUGGAGGUGAUCCCCGAAAUCAUGCAGAGCAUCCACAUGCAGCUGAACUACAUCCAGGAGCCGCGGGCCCGUGAGGUGGCCCUGCUGCCCGUCUCUCUCCUGGCCAGCUCCUUUAUGACUGAGGUCGUCGUGGCCCUGCUCAUGUGCCCCCUCCCUCUGGACAGCAAUGGAGCAGAGAUGUGGAGGCAGCUGAUACUGCGCAAGCCCAGCUGUGACAUCCGAGACCUCCUGGAUCUGCUGCUGACCAGCCUGAAGGAGAAACCUGUCACCAAGAAGGGCCGGGCUUCCAUUGUGCCCCUCGCAGCGGCCAGUGGCCUAUGUGAGCUCCUGUCUGUCAACAGCUGCGUGGGCCGGGUGAGGCGCAUCUACCCCCAGCUGCUCCUGGCACUACUCAUCCAGGUCCACUACCACAUUGGCCUCAACUUGCCCGGCCGCGUGGUCUCCCACAAGGACACCAAGAAGGACCCAGAGUCCGCCGUGUUCGUGCCUGUCCGCUGGGUGGUCAAAGUGGUGAAAACCCUGCUGCUGAAGAUGGGCUGCGCCUACGAGGCCACCUUCCUGGAGGACCAGGGCGGCUGGGAGCUCCUGGAGCAGGCGGAGAACCACCACCGUGGAGUGUCCCUGCUGGCGAGGGCCAUGGUGCAGUACUCCUGCCAGGAGCUGUGCCGCCUCCUCUACCUGCUCAUCCCACUUCUGGAGCGAGGGGACGAGAAGCACAAGAUCACCGCCACUGCCUUUUUCGUGGAGCUCCUUCAGAUGGAGCAGGUGCGGCGGAUCCCAGAGGAGUACUCUCUGGGGCGGAUGGCCGAGGGCCUGAACCACCGGGACCCCAUCAUGAAGGUGCUGUCCAUCCGAGGCCUGGUCAUCCUGGCCAGCCGGACUGAGAAGUCGGCCAAAGUCCAGGCCCUCCUGCCCUCCAUGGUGAAGGGCCUGAAGAGCGUAGAUGGGCUGCUGGUGGUGGAGGCCAUCCAGAACCUCAAGACCAUCUUCAAGGGGCAGGACCGGAAGCUGAUGGACAACCUGGUUUAUGUGGAGAUGCUGCAGGUCCUGCUGCCGCACUUCAGUGACCCCCGGGAAGACGUGCGGUGCUCCUCUGUCAACCUGUAUGGCAAGGUGGUCCAGAAGCUGCGGCCAGCCCGCACCCCGGUCGUGGAGGAGCAGCUCAUCAGCACCCUGGUGCCCCUGCUGUUGACCAUGCAAGAGGGCAAUGCCAAGGUGGGCCAGAAAUGUGUGAAGACCCUGUUCCGCUGUUCUUGCUAUAUGGCUUGGGAACUGCCAAAAAGAGCAUAUAGCCGGAAGCCCUGGGACAACAAGCAACAGACAGUAGCCAAAAUUUGCAAGUACCUGGUGAACACCUACCGAGACAGCGCCUUCACCUUCCUCAGCCAGAGCCUGGAGUAUGCCAGGAAGUCCCGGGCCUCCCUCCGGAAGGCCUCAGUCAUUUUCAUAGGGUCCCUGGUUCCCUGCAUGGAGAACAUAAUGACAGAAGAUCGUCUGGAUGAAGUUAAAGCCACUCUGGAGAACUUGAGACAUGACCCAGAGGCGUCUGUGUGCAUCUAUGCAUCCCUGGCACAGGACCACAUCCUGGCCAGCUACUGGCGGAACUCCUGGCCAAUGCCACACGGGGACUUGUGGGUGUGUGACCCCGCCAACACACACCGCUGGAACCCCAGCUGUGAGAACUUGCCCACUUCCCACCAGCGGCGCUCCUGGAUCAUGCAGGCACUGAGCUCCUGGAAGAUGUCCUUGAAGCAGUGA